AUGACACACAGAAGAAGGCAAUCAUCUAUCGAUUUUCAUUCUGCCUUGAAUGCAGCAGCUGUUUCAAAUGAUGCAUCCUCGUUAUCACCAAUUGUUGAGAAGUUCCCAAGUGCAGGUUUUCUUUCGACGCCUUCAAGAAAGAUUUUGUUAGCAUUUAAUGGCACUGAGGAGGCUAUUCAUACGCUGAACUACUUGAAGAAUAAGAUUCUCAGGAAUGGUGAUCAUUUGUUCAUCGCUCACAUAUUGGAAAUGCCAGCAGAUGAUCAACAAACACACGAAUCUAAUCUUAUUCAAUUAAAGCAAAUUCGUGACCACGUCUUAGAUAAUCUACGGGCUAUUUCAAAUGAUAUCCUCCACUCUAACCUCCAUAUCACUACCACUCUUCUAGUUAUUAACCACGCUGAUGCUAAAAUAGCUAUUUGUAGAAUAGCUGAUCAUCACGCCGUUGAUUUGAUUGUCGUAGGUAGAAGAAGACGCGAUGAAGGUGGUGGAGGUAUACCAGGUGCAUGUUCAACUUAUAUACUUAAACAAUCACGCAAUCCAGUUUUAAUUGUUAACAAGUCUACUUGA